CAGUUACAGGUUGGGCGUCCAUAUCGAGAAUUCGGACAACUAUUCACAUAGUCCGUGGCAUAUUGUGUCAUUAAAGGUGCCCUGUUAUAGCUAUCCUGCCAUUCAAGUCGCUCUCCUACCAGCGGGUAGUGUAAUCAAAUCCGAAAUAUAUCUUGCUGCUAGCAGUUAGUAACAACAUAUUCAGAACACAAUGAGUGGGUCUGGUGGAGGCUACUACAAGUACCGGUGUAAAUACUGGAUGUUGUAUAAUUGCGAAAAUUGGGUUUGGGUUAAUAAUGAAUCGUGUGCGAAAUGUUUGGCGAGCGGUAGGGAUGAGAAUAUUGUUUCUGCAUCUCAACUUAGGAUGUCGAGGGAGGUAUUCGUGCCACAGAUCCAAGAUGGGAAUUUGUAUUAUACAGCGAUGGAAAUUGUCGCUUUGAGCGACUUUGACAGCGGUUGGAUAGUGAAAGAUCCGAAGAGCGCGGAGUUUCCAACAACGACGUCGCCAAUGGCCGAGAGCCUUCCAGCAAUCGAUGGCGUUGUUUCUCAAGUUGUAAGAGAGCAAAUUAUCCCAGCACAGAAAAGUGGUUGAUACCAUGCAUCCAAUACAACCUCCGUGGCUUUCUCCGGGAUAUCGUUUCCUUUCUCUAGUUUUUGCGUCUGCUCGACAGUGAAAGAAUAGUGUUUUCGCUGGAUUGUCUUCUCGCCAAAAGGGGCAAUCUUCGAUGGUGGCCGAGGUUGGGAAAUUUGGAAAUAGAAAAGUGUCUUUCUGCAAUUAUGACGCUCUCUGUUUGAUUGCCAAAAGGUCGUUUAGCAUCUUAUGGGGAUAUCUUCAUG